AUGCGUGUACUCAUUUUCGGCUCAACUGGCCUUGCUGGUCGUUAUAUCUUGGCAGAAUUAUUGGCACAAAAUCAUGAUGUGAUCGUAUUUGUUCGGUCCCGAAACCGGAUCGAUUCAAAACUUUUAUCUUCAUCAAAACUAACCAUUGUUGAAGGUGAUGGACUGAGCGAAUCAGAUAUAAAACAUGCAUUUACAGUGGCUCAAACAGAUAGAAAUCUCGAUGCAAUUAUUUCGAGUAUAAAUGAAGGUCUUGAAAUCAAAUUACAUUUACAAUCAAAAUGCUCUCGUCUUAUUCUUAAUGAAAUCGAUCGUUGUACUAAUAAAAAGCCUCGCUUUAUAGUAUUUGCUGGCGCUGGUUUGCUUGAUGUACCUAUCGAAGGUGACAAUCAUUCAACUGAAAUCAAAACGCAAUUUUGGAAAUAUAGUUCAGAAUAUCCGACUAUGUAG